CGAAACAGAAAGCAUUUGAAAAGAAUGGCGGCAUGAUUAAAAUACCUCUAUUACUCAAUUUAUUGACUACAUAGCCUUGGUAACAGCAAAAUUAACAUAUAAAUAUUAAAUAUAGAAACGAGGCAUUAUAUCAAAAGACAUGGAUAGUUGGUUUAAGCCAGAGGUGUUCCGUUGGAGAACUGGUGCUAGUAUAGCAUGGAGCGUCUUACUGUUACCAUCCCUUGUGAAGUGUAUGCUUGCAAUAAUUCUCUUCAGCCCUUUACACCCCUAUCAGUGGAUCCUUGACUGGUUUAGUGCAAUGUUCUCAAUGUCAACAUGGCUCUACACAGGAGUCAUCAUAGCAGUGACAAUCUCUGUAGCAUCAAGCAAUGCCUCAAAUUACUCCGUGAGACCUGUCAUAUUGCUGAACAGACUCUCCAUCAUUGGCAGCCUGUUGAAACCUCAGCGUAUUGUCCAUUGUUUGGGACAUGCCCUAGCUGCAGCUUUAACUAUGUGGUGCCUUGUAAAUAUCAUUGGUGGAAGUUAUGCUGAUCUUACAUCAGAGUGCCAUGAAGAGAGUGAGAAAGUUGGUGUAUGUUUGAAUGAGCGCCACCUGGUGUUGGUCCUGCAUGGAUUGUUUCUGGGUGCCAUCUAUUCCACACAGUAUUACCUACAUAAUCUCAACUAUCUCACCUUUCCUACUGUGCAGCAAACGAAGUAUUUUCGUGUGAGAUGUAGCUUAUUCCCCAUGCUCGUAAACUCUGGACGCUCUGUGCUACGCCAACUGCCAAUAUUUUAUCUAGUUUAUUAUAUAUUUGGUUGCAUACCAAAGGGGUGGAUAGUAACUAACCUUGGACUCAAAACAAAUGAUGUGGCUGUUGAUUCAAUAUGGGGGCUACUGGAUAUCUCUCUAUGCCUACAUCUGGCAAUCACUGGUCUCUUUCUUCACUUCACUUGGACGCUGUCUGUGCUUCUGUUCAAGGUUUAUAAUACAGAGCCUUAUGUGUUCCCCAUAGAAAGUUCAUUUGAGUUGGACAAGCAGAGAUGUCUUCAUAAUGCCCUUGAGGCAUGGGCAACUCCACUUAUACAGUAUUUAGGUUUCUUAGAUCUGAGUCUUCUUGCCAAGUAUUCUGCUAAACGGAGAAAGGAAAUUCUCAGCUUGAGUCAACCAGGAGGCCACCCUCACAACUGGAACUACAUCUGCACAGAGUGCCUCCACACACUAGAUGCUCUGACAAAUGCACUCCUAGUGGCCAACAACAACAUGAUCUCAAGUGCAGGUUACAGACAGCUCAGUGGUGAUCAGGUGCCUUUGCAAGAACCAACAUCAGCAAGUGUAUCAAGUGUUGGGCAGACCACAUAUUACAACACAACAUACAAUACUAGCCUCAAUGAUAGCUAUGGUGGAAAUUCCACGCUACCUGGGUAUGAUGCCAAUCUCUCCACAAAAAAAUCUGAUUUGACUUAUAGAGGGCGCUCCAAUGGUACACUACCAGCCCAACAAAAUAUAUUCCCUGCUGUUAAGAAGCAAUCAGGAGUGCUGCAAAAGUUCUUAGAGCAACAAAAGAAGAGACCAGCUGUAGCUUACUUAUUAGACUCACUCCCUGAUAACCACAGCAGACAGUUGUUCCAAGAUGCACAGCUGCAAAUAUGGGCCUUGCAAGCUCUUUCACACUUGGUGGAAGCGUCAUAUACAGAAGACACUUAUGGAGUGGUUCAGAAAUCUCUCCCAGACAUUAUCGCUGCAAUACUCACUCUGCAAGAGGCUGUUGAGAAGCACUUCAAGCUGAACAGUCGUGUAAACCGCCGAGGACAAGGCAAAGGAAGUGAUGUCAUAGAUAUAGGUCUGCGUCUUGCACUGAAAUCUGAGCUCAAAACUGCCAUCUAUAGAAUAAUAAAUACAUUCGGAACGAGUAUCAGUAAUGUGCCCCUCUCCAAGGAUCAUUCUAAAAGAUUGGCGUUAUUCUUGGAGUACAAAGAGUGACAUGUCUUCUGGGAGAUACAAAAAUUUGACAGUGUUUGGUCUUGUUCAAGCCCUGUGACCCGUCCUCUACACAUAUAACCUUUAAGAACAGGAUGUGAGGAAGGGAAGGUCCAGAGGCUUGAAAUAAGACUAACCCAUGAUCCAAAAGAUACAAAGAUUUACCACACCAAUGUUCUGAGGGAUAUUUAUAUACACUGGGAGUUCAAUCUGUAGUGUUUUAGGGAGUGACAUUCAAUAAAUGAGAUGGACACAUAAGACUGAUGAACACAAUAGGAUUAAAUGGACAAACACUGCACAUGAAGAAAUUGACAAUUUACCAAUUCAUUUAUAAUCUCUCACUAAUAAAAAGAUGUAUAUUUAAUGUACAUCUUGUGCUGUACAGUGUGCAGCACUUCAAAGACUUCUUCACUGUAUAACUAAAGCUGUUUAUUGCCAAAUCAUCAAUUAAAGUGGAGCUUCACUGGAAUAUCUCAAACAAGAAGCAAACAAAAAGAAACAUUAUUUUAUAAAUAUUUUGUAGAAAUAUUAUAAAGAUCAUGAGCAAAAUUAA